AUGUACCUUUUCAUUGGAAAUGGUCGCCCGCUAUAUCAUACAGAUACACAGCAAAUAAAUGCUUCGCCAUCUCUGCCAUCUACCUCGCAUAUUCCGCCGCCGUCGUCAUCCGUCUCGUAUCUACUCGGGUCGGACGAAGACUCUACGAAGCUAUGGUUUCCACCUCCCGUUGAUGCCCAGCAGUUCCAUCCCACGGUAGCCUUGUACAACUUGCCCUCUCCAACUUGGCAGCGGCCUCGAACGCCACUAUUCAUCGCCUUCACCCGGAACACCGCCAUGCUUCAGCAGGUAGUCCUCAGCUAUAUUGCAGCCGGGUGGCCGCGAGAGGAUAUCAUUGUGGUCGAUAAUGGGGGCACCAUGGACUCCAAUCCCCGGCGUCUCCUAUCUUCGGAAAACCCGUUCUACGUGGACUACGACCUGUUUCGGAACCGAUAUGGCGUUUCCAUUUUGCAGACCCCGACGCUCUUGACCUUCGCUCAGCUGCAGAACUUCUUCCUGAGAGUCAGUAUGGCGCAUGGGUGGCGGUACUUUUUCUGGUCGCACAUGGACGUCGCGGUACUCAGCGACGAGGAAGCGACACCGUACAAGUCCUUCCACGCCCGCGUGCUCGACGUCCUGUUCGACCUAGGAGUCACGGCCCUUGACGCAGACAUGGGCACUCCGAGAACCGGCGAGAAGAACUGGGCGAUCAAAUACUUCACCUACGACUGGCUGACUCUCGUCAACGUCGAGGCUUGGCGGCAGAUCGGCGCCUGGGACACCUUCAUCCCGUAUUAUGCGACCGACUGCGACGCAUACUCGCGCAUCGUGAUGAAUGGCUUCACCAAGGACGACGUGCGGGCAGGCCGCAUCUUCGACUUGCCCGAGGCCAUCCACGACCCCGAGGCUAAAUUCUUCCCACCCCCGUCGUCCUCGCAGUCUGUCGAUGACCCCUCUUCCGGAGGUGGAGAAGCGCCCGGCUCACGGCGCUACCACCUCCUCCUCGCGGAGCUGGAGGAUCUCGAGCGCCGCAAGCCCGAGAACCACCGCAACAAUUGGCAAGCGGCCCUCGGCGAGGGCGGCAAGGGCGAACCCUGGACCUACAACCCGGACGGGUUCCAGAAGAUGUGGUGGGCCACGGCGGAGAAGGGCAGAGAUAUGUACAGAAUGAAAUGGGGCACCUCAGAGUGCAGGCUGGACGAACAUGGUGUGAAAUUGGCAGACGCUUGGGAAGGCGACGGGUGA